AUGUCCGACAGCAUUGGCACCUCCACGCGCUCUUUGCACGCGGAUGAUGUGCUCAAUAUCGUCUCCGAUGUAGCUCCUCCAAUGCAUCUAUCUACUACUUUCCGUUAUUCCAAUGACCCCGAGACGUUAAUUCCAUUUGCCGAUCUUAGCGAACCCCCAAAUCCAACUACUUAUAUCUACUCCCGGGCCUCUGCGCCUAAUCCCACCCGAUUCGAAACAAUCCUCUCUUCACUCCUAAACGGCUCCGCAAUCAGCUACUCCUCCGGCCUUUCAUCCCUCCACGCUGCUCUCACACUCCUCAACCCUCGCCGUAUCUCCAUCGGCGAAGGCUACCACGGCUGCCAUGGCGUUAUUGACCUCUUCACCCGAUUAACAGGUCUCCAAAAACUGCCUCUAGACUGUGCCACUACGGAUCUCGAAUCGGGCGAUGUAAUCCUUCUCGAAACACCCGUGAACCCGUUCGGCACAGCCUUCGACAUCGCGGCAUUCGCCGAAAAGGCACACAGUCGUGGCGCCUACCUAAUCGUUGACAGUACCUUCGCUCCACCAGGACUCCAAGAUCCGUUCCUCUGGGGCGCAGAUAUCGUCAUGCACUCCGGUACAAAGUACUUUGGUGGACACAGUGACGCACUUUGCGGCGUGCUUGCUACACGGAAUCAAGAAUGGUACAAGCAGCUGUUCGUAGAUAGGAUCUUCCUGGGCUCUGUAAUGGGUAACAUGGAAGCCUGGCUUUGUGUUCGCUCACUACGGACACUGGAAGUUCGACUUCAGCGACAAAGCGAGAACGCUACUCGUCUUGUUAACUGGCUCUAUACUGCAUUACAAGAUCCAGCGCCGAGGGCUGGUUCGGAUGAGGAGAUCGUUCAGAGUGUACUUGAAGAGGUGUUUCAUGCUAGUGUGCAGAAGACGGAGGGAGAUUGGUUACAAAAACAAAUGCCGAAUGGAUUUGGGCCUGUGUUCUCUAUCACGAUGAAGGAGGAACGCUCUGCAAAAGUUCUUCCUUCCAAGUUGCAUUUCUUUCAACAUGCGACUAGUCUUGGUGGCGUUGAGACGCUUAUUGAGUGGAGGACUUUGUCGGAUACUAUGGUUGAUCGGAGGUUGUUGAGAGUUAGUGUUGGGUUGGAGAAUUGGGAGGAUUUGAGGGAGGAUUUGUUGAAGGCUUUUAAGGAGUUGAGUGGGAAAUAG